AUGUUGGGCAGCAUUUUCAUCUUAAUGCCAUUCAUUCCAUUUGCCUAUUUGGCGCCAAAACAAUUCAGAUGGAUCGCUGAUCGAUGCGUGGGGUAUUGGUUGACAUUUCCGGCGUCACUUGUCGAGUUCAUCUUUGGCGUUCAAUUUCAAAUCACUGGAGAUCUCGUCGAUCAUCGAGAGCCGGCGAUUAUUUUGAUGAAUCACAGAACUAGAUUGGAUUGGCUAUUCCUGUGGAAUGCUUUAUACAAAAUGGAUCCAUGGUUGUUGACGAGUGAAAAGAUUUCACUGAAAGCUGGCCUCAAAAAGAUCCCGGGUGCCGGUUGGGCGAUGGGAUGCGCUUCCUUCAUCUUUCUGGAUCGAAAUUUCGAACAGGACAAAGAAAACAUUAAGAAUUUGAUUAAAUAUUAUAAAGAUUCUGGGCAAAACUAUCAGAUGUUACUGUUUCCCGAGGGCACUGAUCGAGAUCUCCGAUCGAUUGAGUUGAGUAGAGCUUUUGCUCAAAGUAAAGAUCUACCAAUUUACGAUUACUGUUUACACCCACGAGUUACCGGUUUCCAAUACAUUUUGGAUCUGAUGAGAAAAGAAAACUAUAUCAAAUACGUCUAUGAUGUCACCGUUGGCUACCCGGAAAACAUUGUGCAAAGCGAGAAAAUUUUACUGAAAGAUGGGCAUUUCCCGAGAAGUGCUCACUUUGAUUUUCACAAGAUUGAGAUUGGAGAGGUGCCGAUGGAUAAGGCUGGCUGCGAAGUUUGGUUGAACUCUUUAUGGCGAUCGAAAGAGGCUAAGCUGAAGAAUUUCUAUGAGAAAGACAAGAAAUUUGAGCCAAGUGGUAGCAGAUAUGUUUGGCCGCUUAAAACAACCGGUGUUGGUUAUUGGAUUGCUUUCUCAUGGUGGGUGUUCACUUCAAUGAUGUGGUCGUAUUUCACUUAUCAAUAUUUCUUCGUCAAAUUUUAUGUCUUUCUCGGCUCAUCCUUCUACAUUUAUGCUCUAAAAUACCACAAUGGAGUCGAAUUUCUGGUCAUAAAAUGGUUUUACCGUCGAUUUCCUGAUUUGAGAAAAGAUUUG